UGCAGGGGUGAUGUUUUGUCUUUCUUCUCAGGCAGGUCUGGUGUUGACAGAGCUACUCCUGCACCUGGAGGACGUGUUGUUUGCAGGUCACAGUGGAGUGGUAGUCAAAGAUGGCCGAGCUGUGCCUGCGGAGCACUGACCAGCAGUCCGAGAUGAUGAAGACACUGCUGGUCGCCUUCCACGCCCAAGACGACCCCAAUACCUGCAUCCCGUUGUUUCUCACGCUCACUGCAUACGAGGCGUACUUAGAACACGAGAAAAAGAGGGAGACUGACAAAGAGAUACAAAGAGUCAGUAAUUUCGUCCAUCGUACUCUUUGAUUGUUGCUGUGUUGAUUUUUUGUUCGACAGAGAAGUGUGCAUGUGCAGGGCUCGCUGCUGGUCCAGGCUCUUUUCAAGUACGAGAACCCGCGAGUUGUCGUUAAGAGUUUGCUGAGCAUGGAGAUGGACGAUCUCAUGUGGUUAUCAUGUGACGUUGCCGGCAGUCAUGCCGUCGAUGCAUUCCUAAGUAGUUCCACUGUUAAAUCUGUCAAGAAGAAAAAGCUUGUUGAGAAGAUUAGGCCACAGCUUGUUCCACUCUGUAAGGACAAACACGGCAGUCGUGUGAUGGACGCACUCUGGAGAAGCAGCGAUGUCACCGUGAAAGAGAGCCUUGCCGAACAGCUUAUCGCCCACGAAGCAGAACUAACUGAGGAUUUCUAUGGACGGAUAGUCAUGAGGAACUGCAAUGUAGCUCACUACAGGAGGAAGCAGGCUGUAUGGCAAGAAAAGGCACCCAACACUCUGGAUCUCUUUGAAGAUAUUCUGGACGAUGUGAAUGCUCCCUCCUCAAAACGGAGAAAAUGCAGCAACAGAGCCCUAGUUGAAGAUAGCCUACCUGACCUACCAAGGAAGAAAAAGAAGAAAGCCUAGUAUGUUUGUUUUUUGCGUGUCAUGGUCAACAUUGUGUAUGCUAACUCCGGUGCGCGCGAAUUAGACCUUUUCCCCAACCACGUGCUCCUAGUGAAGCUAUGGCCGAUGCCGAGGCUGCAGUGGAUCUGGUGGACGGGCAGAAGCUAAGCAAGAACGCCCAAAAGCGCCUUGCGCGGUCUGAGAAAAAGUCCAAAGAGAAGGAGGAAAAGCGAGCAGUUGCGGCUGCCGAGGAAAAACCAACUUCUAAAAAGGUUGAAAAGGAGGAUGAAGAGCAGAUAGACCCAAAUCAAUACCUGAAGCUGCGGAGCAAUGCGGUCGCGGCUCUAAAGAAGACGGGGCCACACCCCUACCCUCACAAGUUUCACGUGACCACCUCUCUCAUUGCCUUCAUAGAACAGUACAAGGGUCUGGAGGACGGGGAGCACCAUUCAGACGUCGUCAGUGUUGCAGGUCGAAUCCAUGCCAAGAGAGAGUCAGGCGCCAAACUAAUAUUCUACGACCUGCGAGGAGAGAGUGUCAAGAUACAGGUCAUGGCCGACAGCAGGAAGUCAGAGGAGGAUUUUGAGGAAGUUCACAGUCGACUGAGGAGAGGGGACAUCAUUGGAGUGACUGGCUGCCCAGCCAAGACGAAGAAGGGGGAGCUGAGUGUUAUACCAAAGACCGUCACCCUUCUCUCUCCCUGUCUCCACAUGCUGCCACGCCUCCAUUUCGGUCUCAAGGACAAAGAGACUCGGUUCCGCCAGAGAUACCUCGACCUCAUCAUCAACGAACACGUCAAGGAAAAGUUUAUCGUCAGAGCCAAGAUCACCACUUACGUCCGUCACUUCUUCGACUCUCUGGGUUUCCUGGAGGUGGAGACUCCGCUGAUGAACAUGAUUGCAGGGGGUGCCUCGGCCAAGCCGUUUGUCACGCACCACAACGAACUCAACAUGGACCUCUACAUGAGAGUGGCCCCCGAGCUAUACCACAAGAUGUUGAUAGUGGGAGGUAUUGACCGAGUCUAUGAAAUUGGAAGACAGUUUAGAAAUGAAGGUAUUGACCUGACCCACAAUCCUGAGUUCACGACGUGUGAGUUCUACAUGGCCUACGCCGACUACAACGACCUCAUGGAGAUCACCGAGCAACUCCUCUCCGGGAUGGUGAAGGAGAUUCUUGGGACGUACAAGAUACAGUACCAUCCCGAGGAAGAUAAUCUGGACAAGGUCUUUGAAGUGGAUUUCACUCCUCCGUUUCGCCGUAUCCCGAUGAUAGCAGAGCUGGAGAAACAGCUGGGAGUCACCUUUCCCCCUGCCUCCACUUUCGGCUCCCCUGAGUUCCAGAAGUUUCUGGAUGAACUUUGUCUGAAACACGGAGUGGAGUGUAGGCACCCCAGGACCUCAGCCAGACUACUGGACAAGUUGGUAGGGGACUUCAUUGAGGUCCAGUGCAUCAACCCCUCCUUCAUAAUGGACCAUCCCGAGAUCAUGAGUCCUCUGUCAAAGUGGCACCGCUCCAUCCCCGGCCUCACAGAGCGCUUCGAGCUCUUCGCCUGUCAGAAGGAGAUCGUCAAUGCCUACACGGAGCUGAACGACCCGGUAGUGCAGAGGGAGAGGUUUGCACAGCAGACGCAGGAGAAAGCCAAAGGAGACGAUGAGGCUCAACCAGUGGACGAGAACUUCUGCACAGCUCUGGAGUACGGACUCCCUCCGACUGGUGGGUGGGGCCUCGGUAUUGAUCGUCUCACUAUGUUUCUCACCGACUCAGCCAACAUAAAGGAGGUGCUGUUCUUCCCAGCCAUGAAGCCAGAUGAUGGAUCCAGCAAGUCAGACAGUGCGGCUGCUGCAGCUGUCCCCCAACCUCCUCCCUGUAAAGACUAGACUGACUGCUUCAUCCUGAAAAAGAUUGGUCUCAAUCUAGUGUCUUUAAAUUAGUGUGUGAGUCCUUAAUUUAUGAUGUUGAUGAUGACUUUUACAAGAGCUGUCUGCGUGUGUGAGCAUGCGCUCCUGAACGUUUUGCGUAG